ACCCUCAGAACCCAGUACAUGAAAUACCUGUACCCUAUAGAGUGCGAGAAGAUGAAACUGUCCAACCCUGCGGAGCUUCAGAGUGCCAUUGACGGUAACCGGAGGGAAGGGCGCCGCUCCUCCUAUGGCACUUAUGGCGACGCCGUCCAGCCGCCCCUCCUACCCCUCCAGAACCUACAGUCUCUCCAGAACCUACAGAACCUCCAGAACCCUCUCAGUUUAGUACCUCGGUCGCAGCUCAACGGCAAUGGCAACACACAUCCUUUGGCGCCUCAAGAUUACCUCCUGGGUCGGGGCGGGUCCCCCCCAUGCUCACAGGAGGCGCUGCUGGAGGCGACGCGACUCACCAUGUGGAAGCUGUACAACCAGGGACUUGGAGGAGGCGGCUUCCAGCACGAGGACGAGCCCCCCAAGCUGCCUCCUCCCCCUCACCACCCCAUGGGCGGAGUGCCCUUCCCUCCCCAGAAGGAGGCGCUUAACCUCGAAGUCAAGGAAGAUGAAGUGCCGCUUCUUUUUGAUAACCGAGGAUAUCAGGCCUUCUGCUUGCAGCGGCCGGGGCGCGUCAAGGAGAGCACCGACCACCGCAACGACAUGCGCAAUGACAUGCGUAACGACAUGCGCAGUGACCUGCGCAACGAUCUCCGCAGUCGCCUAGAAGAGAGUGCGAUACCACCCGCGGCCAAGCGACCCGCCCAGCACGAGGACUCCCAUGAUCCACGACUUCCACCGCCCACCACGCCCGGACCUCCAGGACAACCAGGAACCAAUAUUAAGAUCACAUCUAGGGGGGACGGCCGGAAUCAGGACCAGAGUUUGGUCGUCAGUAUGGAGAUCAACGGCAUCCUCUACCAGGGAGUGUUGUUUGCUCAGGCACCCCGGGCUCGCUUCAGCUAAGGUGCUGCCCUCCCUUCCCACCCCACCAUCCCGCCAUUUCGGAAGAUCCAGUCUCGCUUUUAGGGACUGUGAGUGGUACAGGGUCGUCCCCGUCCCCUUGGGGCUGUACUCUCCCUGAGGGGCUGCGGGCGGUGAAUCAUGGGGUGGUGCACAGCCCGUGAGGAUCAGUUCGGCUGUGAACACUCGGGUCUCCCACCUUCAGCCCUGCCCUGUUGGCCAAGUGCCUCGACAUUUGGCCCUCAGUUGUUACCUUGUAAUAAAGUCAGUGUAGUGCUUAAAGAACAUGCUGAACCCUGAAUCAGGGUUACUUGUAUUUAUUUGUGUAAUUAUUUUGUCGUGUGAUGAUAGGUGUACAGUAAUGUUCUGUGUGCGAGUAAGUGGCAUAAUUCCUGUUUCUCUUGUUAAGUUGUCCGGUCAGUGUAACGUAAGACAACCAUGUGGUGAUCUCAUGAAUGUAAUAAUACUCAAGUUGGGUGGCCGCGAUGGGCCCACUCGUGCCCAUGGUAGGCCGAGGUGUGGCCAUGGUAAGCUGCUGUAGGUGCGGCCUGGACCUGGCCACCAGCACCUCGUGGCGGCCCAGUGCUUGUUGAAGGAAAGAGUGUAGAAGACCAGUGUAUCGCCGACCACCGUGGCCGCUCCCUCGGCGGGUUGGGUGGCCAUCUAUCCAUGACUUUUCCCCCCUGGGCAGGAGACCCACCCACUCGCCCACCCGCCCACCCAUCAUCAUGACCGCCCACUCGGUGCAGACAAUCAGCCAAGCAGUGGAGUAAAGUACACGCUGCUUCCCGCCAGUUACGUUGUUGAUUGUUUGUGUUGUUUUUGGUUGGCAGAUGUUGACGAGAGUUGACGCUGAGGAAGGUUCAAGGUUCCUACUGUUCUGCAAUGUUGACAGCAGGACGUGACCAGAUGGCCUGCCCACGGCCUUCGAUACUGUUAUUAUUUAUGUGCGACGAGGAAGAGUUUGUUGAUUGACGUGAAACAAAAGUUUAAUAAUUCAGAGUCCGGGAAGUGUUGAUAACAGUGCAAUAUCCUGUUACUAUUACUCAAGAUGUCAAAAUUUAUAUCAUGUUUGGCAGAUGUUCCUUGUACCUGAACAAUUGUUUGACUGAAAACAAAAUUCCAGGUUUUCUUUCUUGUGACUUGUGUGUACGUCAUUUUAAUGCUAUAACAAACAGACGUCAAAUACCCAAUCUGUAUGCCCCACCCUCAGUAUCUUAUAAUAUUUUUUGUAAUACCAAUAUUUUUUUUCUUCUUAUUUUAUUAUUAUUAUUUUUUUUAUAUUACAUAUUUUUGUUAGGAUGAACUAUUUACGGUUAGUUAGUUAGUCAGUGGUUAGGUUAUUUGUGUGUGGAGCGUGGCGGGUCACGUGACCAGGGCAGGUGUGCCCGGCGGGUCGCUGGUGCAGGUGUAGCAUGUACAGUUUGUGUGCAGUUUACUCAGGGAUCCUCAUCUGUGCUCACGGCCCGCGGCUGCCGCGUGCGGUGCCGUAGCAGAUGCUGCGACGCGGGCACGGCCACAUCCGCGUGACAGGACGCUGCCGCCGCCUCCGCCGCGCACCCUCAGGACCCACUCCUGGCUGCGGCUGAGGCGGCGGCUGCAUCGCAGGGGCUGGCGGCUCCCUGGCCAGCCCUCAGCGUAGCCAAGGGGGCCUCUAUCCCCCUCCGUGGAAUCUCACAGUGUCAUGCUCGGGCAGCGUGUUUUUACUUUAUAACUUAAACUACCAAUUAAAAAAACGAUUUCACUGUAGCUUUAAGGUUCUGUUGUAAAUUACUUGUACGUGUACAGAGUGUACAGCUGUCCAGUGUUCUUCCUAGACCAAAGGAGGGAGGGGGGAGAGCCUAACCUGGUCCCCCCCUCCCCCUCAGGAUGGAUAACUGACAAGCUUAUUAAGAGGCGGUAGAGCGGCAGUUACUUAAAAGUGAAACUGUAUUAAUAAAGUGUUAAGUAGUGAG